AUGAACAGCAGUUCCUUACCUUGUUUCACAUGCGAUGUGAAAGUGUGGUUGACACAGAUCGAAUCAACAUUUGCCACAAACAAUAUGGCCUCUGAAGCCCAAAAGCUCCAUAUAUUACUUGAUACAAUGUCACAGUCCCUGACAGCCACCGUGAGGGACCUGAUAACCGAACCCCCACAUGAUGCCAUGUAUAGGAGGAUUAAGCAGGAGAUUCUUCGACACACGUCCUUGCUGGAAGAAAGAAAAUUUCAAACCCUCAUCAAUGAUGAGCACUUGGACGACCGUAAACCCUUGCAACUUCUGCGCUGUAUAAAGGACUUGGCCCAAAAUGCACCUGCUGAUGGUGUUUUAUUGAAACAACUAUUUUUUCCCCGGUUGCCCUCUAACAUCUCUUUAGUAGAGAUGACUCCCGUUGAGCAAAUAGCCUCCACCGUCAACAGAAUCAUAGAGUAUACCGGCAACACCACCAAGCCGACCCCAGUACCACUGAAUACCUCUGCACACCUACCAGUAGCAUCAGUUUCCACUGAUAAGGACCUUGCCUUGGCUGCUAUCCUAAAGGUGAUAGCUGAAUUAACGAGAGAAGUGCAGCUCCUUCGCACUUCCAGAGUAUUCACCAAAUUGAACUUGGUUAAGGCAUACCAUCAGAUUCCUGUGAAUCCAGAGGAUAUUCCAAAGACUGCCGUAACCAUUCAUUUUGGCGCCUUUGAAUUCCUAACUAUGCCAUUUGAUUUAUGGAAUUCAGUCAGCACAUUUUCAAAGGUUCGUAGAUGA